AUGACUGACAGAUUUCAGAUGAGUAUGAUGGGGGAAAUGAGUUUCUUCCUAGGUCUGCAGGUUCGGCAAAUUGACACCGGAACAUUCAUCAGCCAACCCAAAUACACAGCCGAACUACUUAAAAAAUUUGGAAUGUACACUUGUGCCGAAGAGGCUACUCCAAUGAGCGAAUCAGUAAAACUGGAUAAAGACGAGGACGGUCAAGCGGUAGAUAUAACAGCAUACCGAGGAAUCAUCGGCUCACUCCUUUACCUAACAGCCAGCCGACCGGACAUUCUGUUCGAUGUUGGAGUAUGCAGAAGAUUCCAAGCCAAUCCAAAGCAAUCACAAUAUACCGCGGAUAAAAGGAUUCUGAAAUAUCUGAAAGGGACUCAAGACGUGGGUCUAUGGUAUCCAAAAGAUUCAAAUUUUAAUCUAAUAAGUUACUUUGAUCCAGACUAUGCAGGCUGCAAAAUUGACCGAAAGAGCACGAGCGGAACAUGCCAAUUUCUAGGAGACCGGCUCGUCUCCUGA